AGCAUAAAAAUAUUUCUCUUCAUUUCACUUGAAGCAAUAGGAGGAUCUUGUCUGUUUUUUGUGUCCACUUGUUUCACGUUGGAGAUGAGAGCCUUUAUUUUGGUCGCCUUGUUCGUCGUUUUGGCUGUGGUUGUAACUGCAGAGGAUAUCGAGGAGAGACAUUUUUUGAAGCGAUGCAGAUCCGAUCGACAUUGUCGCAGAGGAGUUUGCUGUAAAGGAUUUUGUCGGAGAGCGUGUCCAAAGCCAAAGAGAUGCAAGUCUGAUGGUGACUGUAAAAAGGGGGAGUGUUGUGGAGGUUUCUGCCGUAAAAGAUGUAUUAAGCGAUGUAAAUCUGAAGACGAUUGCAAAGAAGGACAAUGUUGUUUGAAAUAUUUUUCACAUUUCCGAUCAGGAAUUUGCCAGGAUUAUAAACAAGAGGGGGAAAAAUGCUAUAAGAAAUCCAAUUUUCACUCCAUGAGGCGUAGUUGUGGUUGUGCUGAAGGCUUGCAAUGCGAAGUAAAAAAAGCGUUCUUCUUUGGCUUUGGCUACUCUCGUCCUGGAAAGUGUGUCAGUGAGGAAGGCUCUGGUGAGAUUGACGAUUAACUGAACAUCCCCAGCUUGCUAUAUAGCUUGUAUGUUCAUGCAAUAAAACGUAUCUCUGGC